UGCGAAUCAAAGAAAAAAAUUCCAAGGGCUUAAAACAGAAACCACUCUGUCAAUACGAUACUCCCCAUCAUAAUCAUCGUCCCUCAGUCCCAGGUCCAUCGGUGUCACUUUGUCGAUCAGCCCCAGGGCCGCCUAACCACAUCGGGACUCCCGCAAACUCGCAGCGCGCAAAAGGUCCAGCUCCAUCACGGCGGAGCUGCGGUUGCCCAGUUCAGUACGAGAAGCGCCCCUACGCUGUGUCCCCGAAAGGAUGCCGCCGUUCAAAGAUGAACACGUUCUUAUCAUUGCGCCGGGCUCGCAGGUAACCCUGGCGCAAUUGGGACUGCCCGAGUCGUUUACACCGGCACGGUUUCGCUUCCCUACGCGCAUGUUCCCCGCUGGAAAGAAAGGGGAGUUCGAGCCGUACAAGAUCCGCGAGCGACGCCGUGAAGUCAAGGUCGCCAGCAGUGGGGGUGACGCGCCGAAGGAGGACGUGGAGAUGAAGGAUGCCGAGGCGGGAGCACAGGACGGGACCGAGAAAACAACAGACACGGCGGGCACUGAUACAGAAAAGCCAGCUGCUGAGGCUGCCGAGCAGACGGAAGGCGCGCUGGCGGGGGAGCAAAAGGAGGGUUCCGAGUCGAGACAGGAGACAGAGACGGAGACAGAGACAGUCGAACAGAUUUACUACGAAGAGGAUGUCACCUCUGAUGAGGGAGCCGUCUAUCCUAUCCAUGGCGGACGCAUCGUUGACUGGCCUUGCUUCUUUGCUCAUCUGACGCACAUCUACAACACCCUGAGCCCGCCGUUCCACACGCCGAUCAUGUUGAUUGCCGAGCCCGUCUGGUCGGCGCGUGACCGAGAGGCAAUCACCCAAUUUGUGUUUGAGAAGUUCAAAACACCCGCCUUUUGUCUCAUGGAUUCCGCGCUGGCUGUGUGCUAUGGGUACGGAACUUCGACGGCAACGGUGGUGGAUGUCGGCAAGGACAAGGUCGAUGUCACUGCUGUGACCGACUUCUUAGUCAAUGAGCACGGCAGAGGGAUUGCAUUGGAAGACUGUGGCGGCGAAUCUAUCACUGACCGGCUGGUGGAGCUUCUCGGGUCCAAGGGGUUCUCGAGGGAGAUGUGCGAGCAACUCAAGCGGAGUAACAUUACAGAGAUCCUUCCCCCAGGAACACCAUUCCCAGGUGCAAGCACAACCGCUCAUCAAGGGGCCAACCCGGCCGCCGCAGCGUCUACUGGCGCGACUAAUGGAGGUGCCCCUAAGACAAAUGUUCCUCGUGGCCCUGGAAAUGGCACCCAGACAGGCACCCAAAGCGGGACUGGGGAAGAGGAUGACGAAGGGGUCCUGGACGUGGCGGCUAUUGUGAGUGGCAACACCAGUGAAUUUCUUGCCAAGCGGGAGAAGGAAAAGGCCGACAAGGCCGCGACCAAGAAAGGAGCAGCAGACCAAGGCGCGAAGGCUGUCCGUCUGCCCAAUUCCAAGCGGGAAAAGGCUACGUACCAAUUCGAGGAGUUCGUCCCACUGCAACCCAAGGAGGGCACUGUCAAAGGUUCUGCGCAGUUCAUCCGCCAAAAAAGAGACGUCGAGGUUGGAAUCGAGCGUUUCCUGGCGACAACUCCGAAGGAAAACACCGGCGACCGUCUUUCCAAUGGCAUCCUGGAAGAUAUCGCAACCCAGAUCCACCAUACUAUCCUUUCGGUUCCUGAUGCCACCAAGCGCAGCGAGCUGUGGGAUUCCCUGAUCGUGGUCGGAAACGGCAGCAAAAUAAAAGGAUUCACCCAGGCCCUGCUCGGCACCAUCAUGCAGAAAUUCAUGCUCUCCCCUUCCGGCACCAUUUUCACCUCCGAAAUCCCGUCUAAUUUCUCUACCCCUCUGCCCACAGGUGGCACAAACACCCCAGCCCCGUCAGGACAGCCGGGGCCUCUAUAUAACCCUGCUGCACACGGCGUCAAUCCUCUCCUCGUUGCUGCCACCCAUGCCAACACCCCUGGUCCCUCCAACAUGAACGUGGGCACACCGGGCAUGGAUCCCAAUGCCCACCACCGUUCUACCGGUCACUCUCAGACCCCAACCUCCGUCAAGACCCUCAGACCACCCGAGUAUUUCCCUGAAUGGAAGGAUCAAGCCAACAGUAACGCUCCGGGUGCCUCCGGAGGUAACAACUCGGCUGCAGGCGGUGGGCCGGGGGCUCCUGGCGCGGGAACCGGCGGCCAUGGUAUGGAGGAGGCCAUCUUCCUGGGCGCCCAGGUCGCGGCCAAGGUCGUCUUUGUGCUUGAUCAGGGCCUGAGCAAGGGUUUCAUGAGCCGUGUCGAGUACAACGAGAGCGGGCCCUCUGCGAUUCACGAGUACACCUUGUGAAUACACGGCAGGAUUCUGAUGCUGUCAUGAUGGGUUAGAAAGCGAAAUAUUGUUUUUUUUUUCUUCUUCUUUGUUCUCUUGGGUACUGCAAAUGUCUCUGGCCAAUCUGGUAGUCUGGUAGUCUCUUUCCCUUUCCUCCCUUUUUCCGUUCUGUAUUGUAUGCCUAGUGUCUUUA